CACUCCGACUCCAUCAGUCAACAAAACUAACAAAAGCGCAUAACCUCAUUUACAAUUUACAAAUAUGAAUCAAAUUUAAAAUAGUUAAUGUUCGAUCCACUUACUAGUAAACAUGGAAAAUAAAAUAAAAAGAUAUGAAAAAAUUGAGUUUCUUGGAGAAGGUCAAUUUGCUACUGUAUACAAAGCUAGGGACGUAGAAACUGAUGUCAUAGUGGCUGUAAAGAAAAUUAAAAUAGGUACUAGACAAGAAGCUCAAGAUGGAAUUAAUAGAACGGCCUUAAGAGAAAUUAAGUUAUUGCAAGAACUACACCACAAAAAUUUAAUAGGUUUACUAGAUGUAUUUGGACAUAUGUCCAACGUGUCUCUUGUUUUUGAUUUUAUGGAUACCGAUUUGGAAAUUAUUAUUAAGGACAACACAAUAAUACUUACUACUGCGAAUAUAAAGUCUUACAUACUACAGACAUUGCAAGGACUAGAAUAUUUACAUUUAAACUGGAUAUUGCAUAGAGACUUGAAACCAAAUAAUUUGUUGGUGAAUUGUAGUGGAGUUCUUAAAAUAGGUGAUUUUGGAUUAGCUAAAUUAUAUGGAUCACCGAAUCGCAUUAACACCCACCAAGUUGUUACAAGGUGGUACAGAGCUCCAGAGUUAUUGUUUGGAGCAAAACAGUACAGUACAGGCAUUGAUAUGUGGGCCGUAGGAUGUAUUUUAGCCGAAUUAUUACUUCGAGUACCAUUAUUCCCUGGAGAAUCUGAUUUGGAUCAACUUACUAAAAUAUUUGGAGUUUUUGGAAAUCCCACUGAAGAAAACUGGCCGGGAGUUAAAUCUCUAGUAGAUUAUAUAGAAUUCAAACCGUUUCAAUCCAUCCCAUUAAAGAAUAUUUUUACUGCAGCAGGAGAUGAUUUAUUAGAUUUGAUUGAAUGUCUUUUGGUUUUAAGUCCAGUUAAACGGAAAGAAUGUUCUGAGUGUCUGCAAAUGCCAUUUUUCAGUAACAAACCUGCACCAACUUUAGGUCCUAAAUUGCCAUUACCUAAAAAUAUUAGAAAGGUAAAGGAAACGGAAAAACCAUCUUUGAAAAGGAAACUGCUAGAUGCUGUUGAAGGAGCAACGUUGCCCAAGAGAUUAUUUUUUUAAUAGUUGAUAAUUUUGCUAUAAUUAAAUACAGUAAAUACAUAACAAUAUGAUGUUAAUACAAAUAAAAUAUUUUUGGUUCUA